AUGGCACCCUUACCAAGCAACGGCCUUUCCAACGGCCUGAAUGGCGAACAGUAUUCUUCGAUUAGCUCCCUAGCAAACCGCCGCUUUUCCGACAUACCCUCUGCCAUCGAUAUUCCCGCUUCUACCUUCGACAGCGAAGUCGAGGUCAGCCUUGAAGAGCUUCCAGAUGACCCUACUGAGCUCUGCACGCUGCUGGAAAACGAGAAAGCAGCGAAGAACUUCUGGGUUAUUAUUGCACUUGCGUAUGCAAAACAGAAACAGAUCGAUCAUGCCAUUGACAUUCUCAACAAAGGCCUGGCUUCCGUCGCCCACGGAGCAACGAAAGAGAAACUCGGACUGCUGGGCUGGAUGUGUUGGCUUCUGAUGCUUAAAAGUCGCCAGGCCCCGCGAGUAGUUCCCGAAGGAGAGUUAUAUUCAGAAGCAAAAACAAAGGAUCAUUAUCUACAGCUCGCGACGUCGACGCUGAAUGAGGCGUCCCGAUUGAAUCCGGCCUUCCCUCCGCUGUUUCUUGCCCGUGGCGCUUUGUCCCUACUCCGUGCGUCUCUGCACCCACCAAGACCCGUUCGUCCCGGCGCUGUUGAUACGUCUGAACGAGCGGAAUCCCUGAGACAGUCUCUAAAAUGGUUCGAUGAGUCAUCCAAAGCCUUUGGCGGGCGGAACAUAAUGGCUAUUCUCGGACGUGCCAGGGCCCAGUAUUCCCUUGGAAAAUAUGCGGAGGCGCUGGAGGGAUAUCAAAAGGUUUUGAUGAAGAUGCCCGGACUCACAGAUCCCGAUCCUCGCGUCGGAAUUGGGUGUUGUCUGUGGCAGCUAGGCUUCAAGGAUCAAGCGAAAGCUGCAUGGGAGAGGUCUUUGGCUCUCAAUCCGGACUCAAAGGUCGCUAACAUCCUGCUCGCGGUGUAUUACUUAUACGACAGUUCCCGUCAUGCUACUACGGACCCGGCUUUCGGAUCAUUGUACAAAGUGGCUAUGACUCAGUACACUCAGAAAGCAUUCAAACUCGACAAGGAAUAUCCAAUGACAUGCUCGUUGUUUGGCAGUUAUUUUCUCCUUCGAAAGUCGUACUCUACCGUCGAGACGCUGGCGCGUAAAGCCAUCGAACAGACUGAUGUUAUGUCUAUUGCCAGUGACGGCUGGUACCUACUUGCCCGAAAGGAGCACUACGAAGGCGACUUGGGUCGUGCUGCGGAGUACUAUACUCGUUCAGACCAGGCUCGAGGAGGUGGUGAGAAGGGAUAUCUCCCGGCUAAAUUCGGUGCAGUGCAGAUGCAAAUCGCUAGCAAGGACUACGAUGGUGGUAAAUUUCGUUUGGAGAAAAUCGUUCAGCAAACCAAAAAUCCGGAGUCUACGAUGCUGCUCGGGGCGCUUUAUGCUGAAGAAGUCUUUGCAGCCCAGAAAAGUGGUAGCAAAGAAGACAAGUCGACUGAGGCGAAAAAGGCAAUCAAUCUGCUUGAAUCAGUCCGCGCUCUAUGGAAGGAUGAAAAGAAGAGGAUCUCUCCAGACGAAUCAGUCUUGGUUUACCUAUCUCAACUUUAUGAAAACGUAGCUCCAGAGAAGAGCAUGCAGUGUCUGACACAGCUGGAACAAAUGCAGCUUGCUGGGAUAGCCGAGGAGGAACGCCCCGAAGAUGUUGAAGAUGAGGAAAAAUUGGAGGCCCUUCUUCGGGAAAAUCUGCCUCCUCAGCUCCUUAAUAACAUGGGCUGUUUCUCGUACCAGUUUGACAAGGUCGAGCAAGCCAGAAAUAUGUUUCAAGCCGGCUUGAGCGCGUGCGAUCGAUUGCAGAAGGACGGAGGAAUUGAUAUAGAUACGGACGCUCUUAUCACGACCAUCAGCUAUAACCUGGGCCGCACUUAUGAGGCUGCCAAUAUGCCAGAUGAAGCAAAGAAGGUCUACCAAGGCCUUUUGCAGCGGCACAGCGACUACACCGAAGCAAAUGCGAGACUGACGUACAUUGCCCUGCGUCAGAGCCCUACCGAUGAAGGACCGAAGAGCAUGGCUAAACUCUAUGAGGUCGAGUCAACGAAUCUAGAAGUUCGCGCGCUCUUUGGGUGGUACCUCAGCAAGUCGAAGAAACGCGUCACUAACCUUGCGGAAGAUCACGAACAGCGACACCACAAGCAUACGCUACAGUACUUUGAUAAGCAUGAUCGGUAUGCGCUGACUGGAAUGGGCAACGUUCAUCUCCUCACCGCUAGAGAUAUGCGACGAAGCACCGACCAGGAAAAGGAGAAGCGCAGGAAGAUGUAUGAGAGGGCCGUUGAAUUCUUCGACAAGGCUCUUCAAUUGGACCCCAAGAAUGCGUACGCGGCUCAGGGGAUUGCUAUCGCCCUUGUCGACGACAAAAAGGACUACAGCAGUGCAGUGCACAUCUUUUCCAAGGUCCGUGAUACUUUGAAGGAUGCCAGCGUGUACCUCAACCUCGGCCACGUCUAUGCUGAACUCAGACAAUACACAAGAUCUAUUGAACACUACGAAGUCGCAUUAUCUAAGGACCGUGCGCGAGAUGCGCAGAUACUGGCAUGCCUGGGCCGGGCUUGGUUGCUGAAGGGCAUGCAAGAGAAGAACAUCUCGUCAAUGAACACCGCCCUUGACUACGCGAAGCGCGCACGUUCCGUCGCACCGGAUCUAGUCCAUUUGGAAUUCAAUGUCGCGUUUGUGCAGACGCAGAUAGCGCUGUUGGCAAACAGUCUACCCGAAUCUCAGAAAACAUUGCAGGAUGUGCAAGAUGCAAUCAGGGGACACGAGGAGGCCAUUGAGACCUUCCGUCAGCUAGCAAAGGCGAAGAACCCACCAUAUCCACCCACCUCACUAGAGCAGCGAGCUCUCAUGGGUCAGACUAUCAAUAACAAGCUCGAACGUGCUCUUCAGGCACAGAAAGAGUACGAAGGGAAGAACGCAGCCAAAUUACAACAGGCUCGUGAGGCCCGCGAGGCAGAGAUGCGUAGACGCGAGGAAGAGGUCCGCAAGGCGCAGGAGAUUGAACAAGAGAGAAAGAAGAAGAUCGCCGAAGAGCGGCAGAAAAUGGUCGAAGAAGCACAAAGGCUCGCCGAGCAAAGGGCCGAAGAGGAAAAAGCACGAGAAGCAGCGGAAUAUACGACCGAAUCUGAAACCGGCGAAAAGGUGAGGAGAAAGAAGAAAGUAUCCAAGAGGAAGAAGAACAGGCAGUCUGAAGAUGCUGGAACCGAUGAUGAAUCUCCAAGGAGGGGCGGAACCGCAGAGCCGGAGAGUGAAGCGGAAGCGGCACCGAAGAAGCGCAGGCGACUUGAACGGCGUUCAGGUGCAAAGGCCUCUUCGGGUAAAUUCAAGAGCGAUGAAUUCGUGGUUGAAUCUGAUGCGGAGGAUGGUGCCUCUUCAGGGGCAGGGAGAGGAGCCCAAGGCGUGUCCUCGGAUGUCGACGAAGAGAUGCGCGAUAGUCCUCCGGGAGAGGGAGAGGGAGAGGAGGACGUCGUGCCCCAUCGUCGGGCAAAGAUCAACCUCCGAAUCGAGGAUGACGAAGACGAGGAAGAGGAAGAGGAAGCAGUGGCUGUCGUGGAGAAUGGCAAUGGGGAUGAGGAUGAUGAUGAUCUGUUCAAUGAGAAGCUCAAUGACGAAGGGCUACCUGCACCAUCCGAUUGA